GAUAGCUGUUAUAAAAGGAUGACAUCUGACGCAGGUUUGCAUUGUCCACUUGGAGAGGUGUCAAAAUGAAGACUCUUUUGGUUUUGUUCGCACUCGCGGCUGUCGGCAGCGCUAGUAUCUGGAAAGGCGGAUACAGAAUAAGGUUCGACAUCGGCGUGAUCUUCGGCCGCAGUUUCUUCUUUGACAUCCCGCGCACGCUCUCCGAAGCCGUCUCAGAGCGAUGGGUGCAGCGGACCCCGCCCUUGGGCCUGCCCGUCACCUCCGUCACCAUGUACUGCUACUCAGACAACGUCGUCUGCAACUUCUACGAUAGCAACGGCGACGUAGCUGGCCUGCAGAUUGGUCUGAAUAAGAACAAAUUCACCCCGCACUUCGACAACAUGGAGGACGCCGGUUUCACGACCUGGACAGUCAAUGGUGUCGAUUACUGGACCAUUCAGCAAUACUUCACCACUGAAGAAAUCCUCUCCAGCCGUGUUGCCAGCCCUACCAGGCGUGAAAACGAGAACAAGCUCACCGAGAAUGGCGGUGUGUGGGUGGUGGGACCACACAAGGAGGUCGUGCACAUUUCCAAUUCGACCAGCACGAUUGCUGACGAAGGUCUCUUCACCAGACAGGCUUGCAUUCCCUGGAUGGGUCGCCACUACUAUUACAGGAUGACGGAAGACCUGAGCUGCACCGAUGAGCCCCUGUUCCCGUGGUUCGGCCUCGUGGACUCCGGAGAGCUCGUCGCCACCGGCUUUGUGAUUCCUGGAAAAUUGAACCUCGACCGCAACUCAAGGGACUGGUUCGAGCAUCCCGAGAGCGCUGCUGUCAAGGCGAUCGUACCCGACGGUCCCGAGUGCCUGUACAACUUGGCUUCCAGCCCCGGUCUCGUCACCAUGCACGUCUACUACAUCGACCAGCCCUGGCUGAUUUCCUGCGUCUUCCAGUAAACUGAUGAUGGUUUUAAUGCCAAAAUAAAAUAUUACGUUUAAGCAGC